AUGGAAAGUCCAGAGAGGCCUCCAGGGGCCACUGGAGAUCCAGAAAUCAUAGGACCUGGAUCUGGGGUUGAUUUAUCGACACCCUCCCAGGAAACGUCACAGCUACCUCCAACUACCCGUGCACUGUUUGCAGGACUUGGAGACUGUCAGAAACAGUCCAAUGAACCUACUUUGAGCAACAGCGACGCUCUACAAGCGCCACGACAGACUGGAGAAACCCAACAAGCCCCAGGAACGAUCCUCGAGAAAAGGAAGGCCUCAAGGCUGACUAUAGGAUCUCGGACUCCUAUAACUAGGUCUGGAUUGAGCGCGGCUCCGAAGAGGAAGAUUACACUUACCGCAAUGCGUGCAGCGAGUGCUACUGCAGAGGAUAGCCUCGUGAUGGGCCUGAUCGAGGACCUCAACGGCCAUCUGCAAGAAGCGGUCCACCAGCUCUCCGCGGAGCUGACGACUGCCAGAAACGUGAUCAAUACCCAACAGGGCCUCAUUACUACUCUCAACGCUAGGCUAGAGAGCCUUGAAACUUACGUGAACGCGCUACAAAGCCGUCAAAUCCUACCACUCGACCCCUUCGCUGCAACGCGUGAGGUUGCGGCGCACGGGCCACCGCCAAGAGCUGCUUCCACGGGAGGCUUAGCGUCCACCCCAAUACAGCUAGAUGCCGCGCCUGAGAGCCGCGCGAUAAACUCAACCGCACCUCAGCCUCCACCGCGAUAUCAGAAUCCAACAAAGGCUACGAAGCAAGCCAUACAGCCACCUGAGGGCCCUAAAAAGGUACCUGGAACCGCCGCGAAGACCACUAAACAGCCCGAAACUACCGCUAAGCCACUGACCAAGCCCGCACCUACGAAAUGGGCCGCUAUUGCCGCGAAUAAUACCCAAUCUGGAGGAUGGAAAACCGUCCAGUAUAAGAAACAAGCCUUGGCACCCUCGAAGGCUCUGUCAACAACUAAUUUGAAGCCCGUAAGUACCCGGAGUAAGGAGGAGAGGCGCCUAAUCUUUAGACGACGAUAUCCUAAAGAUGCUCCUACCGCAUUGAAAGCCGAUAUCCUCUUAGCCCUUAACCGUGCCCUUGCUAAGGCAGGUUUUCCUGACUUUGUAAGAGCGGUCGAUUCUGGAUACGCGGCCUCAGGGGCCUUAACAGUGCUCCUAGAGCGAGGCACUUGCAGCAGCACCCUCGUGCCCGUCUACAACGAUACUCUACUAGCCGCUGUAAGGCAAACAGAUCCAGCAGUUAUUUCCGUGGAGAUUAGCGAACAGUGGCACCGUGUUAAGGUACAGGCAGUGCCUGUGGACCGCUACAUGUAUAAUGACCAAGGCCUAGCACUAGCCCAAGAAGAGAUUGAGCUGGGAACACUAUAUAGGCUUAAACGAGAGCCAACGUGGCUCAAAAGAGCCAAGACUAUACAGGCUAGCAACCAGAGAUUUGCCACAAUUGUGAUCACAGUAGGUUCUUUGGAGGAAGCUCGAACACUGAUCAAUAAAGGCAUCAAGUUUGGAGGCCGACACCAUCGAGUAGCACCUUAUUGGGAGUCAAAUCCUGAGAGUAUCUGCCCUCGAUGCUGCGGAAUUGGCCACUCUGGCUUCAUGGCUUGUGGUGGCAGGUCUCCUAAAUGCGCGAUCUGCGCAGGUGAUCAUGAGGCAAUAGAGCACUCAUGUACAGUAGUGGAUUGUAGGGUUGGGCCAGCUAAACCUUGCAAACACACAGUGAUCAAGUGCGCUAACUGCAAAGGUGCACACGAGGCUACAUCUCCUAAGUGCCCUAAAGCUAGGGAGGCUCGUCAAAGGGCUAUCCGGAGAAUGAGGGAACAAUCCUUACAAGACCUCAUCCCAUUAGAUGAGACAUUCGCGGUAGUGCCUCCAAAACCGGUACUGACCUUGGAGGAGAGACCUGGACAGUCUCUAGAGGAGGAGACGUCAACUCCAGAAGAAGAUGAAUUGCUGCCUGAGAUGCAAUUAGAGGCUGAUAUUCAUGAGGGAAAUAGCCAACAACCACUAGAGCCAGAGCUCAAGUCAGCCACUGAAGCGCCUCAAAGCGCUGUAGUACAUACAGCCCUAGAAGUGGCACUACAGGCUGGUGCCGGGAUAGCCUGUCUCCAGGAACCCCCAGUACGUGGAAAAUACCAGAUAAGCCAUCCUGGCUUCCUGUUCUACUGGCCUGAGGGUCCUCGAGAACAUGCUCGAGUAGUGACAGCGAUUCGGAGAGAUUUAGUGAGAGAAUUAGUGGUGGAGGCGCGUACAGAUCUAGCUAACCAUCCAUAUUUUAUGGUGGUUGACGUGCUAGAACAGGGGAGGCGUACGAGGAUAGUGAACUGCUAUGACAACUGGUUAGGUGCACGUCAUACAUACUCAGGAGAGAGCCUACUUACAAGAAGAGCCCUCACGGAUCUUGAUUGGGGACCAAUUUUAGAGGGCCGAUGUCUCAUUCUUGGAGACUUCAACGCCCACAGCCCGAUGUGGAAUGUCCAUAUUGACCAGAGGGUUAACGCAAGAUCCCUCGAGGAUCUAAUAAUGAGGCAUGACCUCUUUAUUAAUAACGACCCUGACGAGCCAACAAGGCCUCAUAAGCUUAGAGAUUCUACAGCAUCAUUUGAAACAUCUACUGAGCCUAGGGUCUCAAUUAUUGAUCUCACAAUCAGUAGUCAAGCCCUUGGCCCUCUAUCUGGAUGGGAAAUCGAAAGCCAGAGGCUCACGCCAUCAGAUCAUGUUAUGAUCUGGGCUAGCUGGGAACCUCCAGCAACUACGAGUACAGAGCCCACAAGGAAAGAAGUCACAGGGUGGCAGAUAGAGGCUCUACUAGGAAACAAAAAGGCUCUGCAGGAGGCAAAAGACACCUGGAACGAACUAGCAAAGACUCAACCAAUACUAACAGACACAACCUCAACAGAGGAAGUGGAACGUGAAGCUGAGUGGAUCGAGAGAACAUUGACAGAGGUCCUGAAUAAGCACUGCAAACAGAUCAGACUUUGUGCUCGAUCUAAGCGGUGGUGGAACAGUGAGAUUGAGGCAGAACGAAGCGUGUAUUCCAAGGCUCGUAAAGCCUACCAAGCGGGUGAGAUUAGCGAGGAGGAGCAUCGAGAAGCACGUAAGAGCUUCUAUUCACUGAUCAGGAGAGCUAAAAGAGAGUGCUGGGAGGGUUUCCUUCAGGGCACGUCUGAGGGCUCUCUGCCAGAUCAGAAACGGUGCUGGACAGCCUUACGCUAUACUAAACCACAAACACAAGGCACCACACCAGCCCUCACCGAUGAGGCCUCAGGGGAGGUGAUUGCAGCCACCUUUAGCGAGAAGGAGGAGGUUUUUAGACACCGUGCAUUUCCACAGGCUCCAAACAGUAACAUGGAGUUACAGCUUCCUGAGCGAGGAUCGGCCCACAAGCUAGUUAACGAGGAAGUUGUCAAGAAUGCCCUCUUUAGCCAGGGACUAGAGAAAGCUCCAGGUACAGAUUUACUGAACUUCAGGGCUAUCAGGCUCUUAUGGAAUCUAGACUCAGAGCGUGUGGUUAGCCUGACUAGGCAGUGCCUUAGGCUUGGGAUACAUCCACGUGUCUGGAAAACAGCCAAGGGAGUUCUACUGAGAAAGAACGGUAAAACCAACUACACACUGGCUAGUGCGUAUCGAGUGAUAAGCCUAUUGAAGUGCCUAGGCAAGGUAAUUGAGAAGCUCGUAGCAGAGUUAAUUACAAACUUUGCAGAGGCUCAAGACCUCUUCCAUGAUGGUCAAUUUGGAGGCCGUCGGCAACGCAGUGCAAUUGAUGCUGUGGCAUGUCUAGUUGAGGAGAUCCAUCAAGCUUGGGCAAAUGGGAAGCUGGCUGCAGCUCUAUUUAUGGAUAUUGAGGGGGCCUUUGACCAUGUCAUCCUAGCAAAACUGGUAGAGGUGCUCAGAGAGGCUAGCGUGGAUGGAGAUCUUAUACAUUGGGUGAUCUCAUUUCUAUCUGACCGGCAAGUCACUCUUGUGAUUGAUGGACACGUGGGAAAGGAAGUACCGAUAAGCUCUGGGUUACCUCAGGGCUCUCCGGUGUCACCCAUUCUCUUUGUUCUAUACGUUCAUGGGCUAUCAAGAGCCAUUGAGAGGAGUGUGCCGGAGGUUCGAUGUCUAUCCUUUGUGGACGACCAAGGCCUAAUAACAGCCGCAAGCUCAGUGAAGGAGGCUUGUAGGAUCCUCGAGAAAGCCGCGGAAGUAGCCAUCAAGUGGGGGGUGGCUAACGGGGUACAAUUUGAUCGCAAAAAGACUGAGGCCGCUUUCUUUUAUAGACGACACAGACGUCAAGUGGCCCAAAACGUAUCUCGAGCCCGGAUCAGGGUUGGAGGCGAGUCGGCAACUGUCAAAUCUACAGUAUGGUGGCUAGGGAUACUCCUAGAUAACCAACUUACAUGGAAGAGCCACUACAACGCUCGAAUUAAGACAGCAAGAAAUACGAUAAUCAGGUUAAACUCACUCUGCAGAGCUAAUGGGUUACCUCCAGCAUUAGUGAGGCGCAUACAGAAGGCUACAGUGCAAGCCCAAUUGCUAUGGGGUGCCGAGAUAUGGUGGCAAGGCCAGAAAACAUGGGCACAAAGGAUCCAGAUUCUGAUCAAUAAGCAAGCCAGAGGUAUUACGGGCAUGUUCCCAAAAACCCCAAUCGGAGCCCUAAUCAGAGAGGCAGCGUUAGAGCCAGCGACAGUCUUACUGGACGCUAGAGUAGCUCGAUAUACAGCGAGGCUACUAGCUCUGCCUGACACGCAUCCUACAGCGCAGAUACUUCCAGUAACCCUUAGACAUGGUGACCUCCACGCACAACCUGGAGAGCAACCGCUAGACGACCGUGAGUGGGCCUCUAGAGACAAUAAGAUGCCGAAUCGACUAGGCCAAAGACUGGCAAAGCACCUUGCUCAACGGUUGAACAGAGACCCCUCUGGAGGAAUUGAGAGAACUGAACAAUGCGAGCUCCAAGGCUUCCCAGGCUCGAUCCGAGUACUUGACAAGGAAGAGGCCCUAACAGAGGCUAAUCAACAGCGUGCUGGAACAACGUUUUGGUCCGAUGGCUCCAGACUCGAUACAGGACGUGCAGGAGCCGGUGUCACUUUACAGGCUGUACCUGAAGGCCCCUGGGAACACGUAGAAGUGCCAAUGGGUCACGGACACGAGGUCUUUGACGCAGAACUAGUGGGAGUAGCCACAGCCCUUGAAUGGGCACUGGAGAGGCAACCUCUUGGUCCUAUCUGGGUGUUACUUGACGCACAGAAUGCUAUUGAUCGCCUCAGAUCGACAAGGCCAGGCCCUGGGCAAGCCCUUGUUCUUAGAGCUCACAGGGCAGCUGAGAAACUAGCCUUGAGAGGCCAGCCAGUCACAAUACAAUGGGUCCCAGGCCACUCAGGGAUUGAAGGGAAUGAGCAGGCUGAUCAAGCUGCUAAACGUGCAGCUAGUAAACAAACCGCGCCUGGUUUUGAGCACCUAUCUCUGGCGCACGUUAGAAGGGCUUGCACGGAAGCAAGGAGAGCUGCAGUAUCUGAAUGGGCCCAAAUCAAUGCUGUACAAGGCAGGCAUAGAGACGGACGUGUCUACAAGAUGCCUCGAGGCUGGAACCUUGACCCAGUGGCAGGAAAAGCUCCAAAAAGAGUGGCUAGUCGUUACUACCAGUUAAAGACAGGACAUGCUCCAAUUGGCACCUAUCUAUACCGGAUAGGCCAACGGGAAUCGCCUGAGUGUCAGGCCUGCAAGGAACCUCAUGAGACAGUAAGGCAUGUACUCUUUGAGUGCCGUGGACGUCGUGCAGGACGAAGAACUCUCUAUCAAGCCCUCAAAAAAGCAGGCGUGCCACUGCCUACAGCGGCUGAGGAAAACCCCGAGGCUAGGCUAUUUGCUGAGCCUAGAGCGACGCAGGGUUUGCUGCAAUUCAUGGCUGAAGCCAACCUAUUCAAUGAUAAUGAGCGGACAGCCAGAGAGGCUGAGAUUAGUGAUGUGUGGGGAUGGGAUACGUUGGAGGAAGGUGGCCUAGGUGUCACAUUGGAGGAUGGGUAG